UUUCGAGAGAAAAUAGUGCUGAAGAAAAAAGUGAAAAAUUUGUUCAUAAGCAAAUCAAAAAAAAAAAAAUCAUAAAAAAAUAAAUAAAAUUUAUUUUCUAUACAAUUUGAAAACAACGACAACAAAUUAAAACAAAAUGAGCAAACUCUUAACAUCCGCUGACAUUGAAGACGGCAAAGUCGAGGUUGACCCCGUCACCAAGGCACGCACCGAAUACAAAGUUAUCGAUGGCGGUUAUGAGGUACGUACCACCACCCCGCAGCCAAAUGGCACCUUGAAGACCUCCGUGCGCACCUUCUGGGAUCCCAAACCCGUGAGCGAGGACGAUAUGAAGCGUGAGGCGCAAAAUAAGCUGGAAAUCCGUAAGCGUUUCGGCAAGGAAGUGCGUAUUGACAAGAAUACAACCAUGUUGACACGCGAGAUCGAAGGUGGUUACGAAGAAGUCUACACCACCAUCAAUGAGGAUGGCACACGCAGCACACGCACUAAGACCUUCUUCGAUUCGAUACCCACUGAGUUGCCUGAAGACUAUAAGGUACCCGCUGUCGAUAAGAACAAGAAGAAGGCUUUGGUAAAGAAAUCUUCAGUUGAUUCGACCGACUCCACUGAAUCGCGCCGUAUUGUACAACGUACCGACCAACAACAGGGUAACUUCAAGCAACACACCACUGUUGAGGAGUCACGUCGUGUCACACAGAGCACUGAGAUCACCGAAAACAAUCGCACUGUACGCAAGAACUCCGUACAAGAGCAGAAUAUCAAACAAAUUACCUCAUCCGGUGUUAGCGCUGUCGAUAGUAAGGACAAGAAGAAGACCAAGAAGCCUAAGUCGAACAUACCACCACCACCACCAGAUUUCAUUGAGAACGAUACCACCACCGUGAGCUCCAAGCGUGUGCCACAUGGCGUUGAGUACACUUACUCCACCAAAUUGGAAUCGGGCAAAACUAUUACCACCUCGAAGACCGUGUACGAAGAAGAGGAGGCUGAAUUGACUGAAGAAGAGAUUAUUGCUUAUAAGAAGACCUUGAAGGAUGCUGAGAAGCACAAGAAUGUUACCACCACAAAGAAACUCCGUUCCGAAUCGGGCACCAAGAAAGUCGUACCAUCCGAGAAUCCCGGUGAUGUCACUACCGUCGAAACUAUUAAGAUCGAAGGUGGCACCGAAUAUCACUACACCACCGUCACCGCUGAGGGUAUUGUCAAGAAGGCCGUCAAGACUGUGUACGAUCCAGUGCCCAGCAACGGUGGUGAAGAGAGCGAAGAAGAGAUCGUAGAGGAGUAUGAGGAAGAGAUCAUUGAGCCUGGUGAGAAGAAUGUACGCACCGUUGAGACCAUAAAGCAAUUGCCAAAGAAGUUCGAAGAGGAGGUCACCGUCACCCAUCAAAGGACCGAGAAAAAGGUAAAGAAGUCCAUGAUGAUCAGCCACUAAACUGCUAAAUGCUGUAAAGCUUCGCUGCAAGAGCGUACGAAUGUGUGGAGCGCAAAUUUGUAACAUCAUCAAUUAAAAUAUACAGGGUGCCCAUAAAAUUUUUUUAUAAUGCAACUCAUUUUCAAAUUACACCAAAAACACAUACAAACACACGCUCGCAUAUCGACACCAUACUCAUGCACUUGUUUGUAACGGCACAAUAAUACAAUUGCAAUGCAAAAAAAAAGAAGAAAAUUAUGAAAAAAAAAUUAAAUUUAGAUAAUAUUUAAAAUUAAGCAAUUUUUCUGAAAUUUUAUUUGGUUCGAUACAAAAUUACAAGUCUACAAAUCUUUCGCCUCACUUUUCCAUUUCACAUUUCAGAGUCCAGUUGUAUCAAUUGUUGCCGGUUUUUUACCAAUUUUCGUAAGCCUUGUUCUAAAUUAUUUCACUAGUUAUCUCGUUCCUUGAUCAAAUUUGCUGAAACAUGCACAAAAUCAUAUAUUUUGUACUUAAUUAUUGUAAAAUAAAAUACUAUUGUAAUCUUACUUUUGUGAAACGCAGUUAAAUUUAUUUGUAUUAAUAAAGAGUUAUUGAAUUUGAAGAAAAAAAGUUAGAGAAUUGUAUGAAA